GGCUCCAUUGUCCCACUAACGCGUGCACUCACUAGCGAGUAGUGUUGGGUGAAAAAUCACAGCCCCCCUCCUAAGGUACAAAUAAACGCGAGGAUCUUCACCAGGACAAGAUAAAUAAUCACCAGCAGCUCCCCAAAAAAUAAUUUAAAAAGAAUCCAACGUUCGAAAACUCGAACGAACAUGCUCACGUCAGCAGCAAGAGGAAUCGUCCGUCGUUCAUUCUCCACAUCAAAAUGGGCAGCUGCACAGCAGAUGACGGUGCGGGAUGCGCUGAAUUCAGCCCUGGAUGAGGAGAUGGAGCGGGACGAAAGGGUCUACCUCAUGGGUGAGGAGGUCGCGAUGUACGAUGGGGCCUACAAGGUGUCAAGAGGACUGUGGAAAAAAUAUGGGGAUACGAGGGUCAUCGACACACCGAUCACGGAGUCUGGCUUCGGGGGAAUGGCUGUUGGCUCUGCGAUGGCCGGUCUCAGGCCAGUCUGUGAAUUCAUGACCUUCAAUUUUGCGAUGCAAGCGAUCGACCAAAUUAUAAAUUCCGCUGCGAAGACAUUCUACAUGUCAGCAGGACGAGUCAAUAUACCAAUUGUGUUCCGUGGCCCUAACGGUGCAGCAGCUGGCGUUGGUGCUCAGCAUUCGCAGUGUUUCGGCGCCUGGUAUGCUCACUGCCCAGGAUUAAAAGUAAUCUCUCCCUACAACAGCGAGGAUUGCAAGGGCCUGCUCAAAGCUGCCAUUCGUGAUCCCGAUCCCGUUGUUUUCCUGGAGAACGAACUGCUGUACGGCGUGCAAUACCCAAUGUCCGACGAGGCAUUGUCCAAGGAUUUUGUUCUUCCCAUAGGGAAGGCCAAGGUGGAGCGUGCUGGUAAUCAUGUUACACUUGUGGCACAUUCCAAAGCUGUUGAACUAGCACUGGAGGCCGCUAAGGAACUAGCUGGAAAGGGAAUCGAAGCCGAAGUUAUAAAUUUGAGGUCACUCAGGCCGCUGGACACUGAAACGAUUAUUAAGUCUAUUGUUAAAACGCAUCACAUUGUCACGGUUGAACAGGGCUGGCCAACAUGUGGCAUUGGAGCUGAAAUUGCAGCAAGGAUCAUGGAAAGUGACGCAUUCUACCAUCUGGACGCCCCCGUGAUUCGUGUAACUGGUGCUGAUAUCCCCAUGCCAUAUGCAAAAUCGUUAGAAGCCCUAGCUCUCCCAGACACGAAAGACAUUGUGUUGGCAGUGAACAAAAUCCUAGGAGUAUCUCAGUAGCAAAUUAUAGUGAAUUAGGUACAUUAAUUGAAAAGAAAAAGAACCGAAAAUUCUUCAGAACUCAAUUGAUCCUCUGGAUCGAUCAUCACGAGCAUAACUCUGUUGAUUUUUUCUUUGUGAGAAAAAAUUUACCGAAGACAAAACCUUCUCUAUCUGAAACCGUAGAUUACUUCUGUUGUUAGACAAUCUUUCACAUUUCUUUUGAUGACACUGCUACAAUACUAUCUAAUUAUUGAUUUGAAAUCGCAGCAUUGGAUAGAACAUUUAUUUUUUUCUCGCCAGAUUUUAUUAGUCUGCUGGAGGAAGGGAGCGAGGAAAUUACAAUGAUCAGUGUGCCGGUGUAAUGAUAUGUAGUUAUGUGAAUAUAUUGUAAAUGGCACUGAAGAUUGCGCACUUUGCCACACAUGUUAUUAUUGAUUAUUUAUUACGCAAAAGAGAGAAGGAAAGAACGAUUUAACAAGGAUAAAUAAAUUGUAAUAUAUGAUUUA